AUGGAAUCAGUAUUAGAUUUUUCAAAAGAUUUAGAUGUUGAAUUAUUUGAUCAAAUUGUUGAAGCCUUUUAUAAAGGUGGAGAGAAUCAACAAAAGGCACAACAAAUUUUAAAUCAAUUUCAAGAAAAUCCUGAUAGUUGGAAAAGAUCAGAUGCAAUUUUAUCAAAUUCUAAAAACAGUCAAAGUAAAUAUAUUGCUUUAAGUUGUUUAGAUAAAUUAAUCUUAUAUAGAUGGAAAUUAAUCCCUGAAAAUGAAAGAAUCGGGAUUAGAAAUUUCAUUGUUAAUAUGAUUAUUUCAUUAUGUGAUAAUGAUGAAAUUUUUGAAAAAGAUAAAGCAUUGAUUAAUAAGAUUGAUUUAACAUUAGUUCAAAUAUUAAAACAAGAAUGGCCUCAUAAUUGGCCUGAAUUUAUUCCUGAAAUUUUAUCAUCAUCAAAGUCAAGUUUUAACGUUUGUGAAAAUAAUAUGAUUAUCUUAAAAUUAUUAAAUGAAGAAGUUUUCGAUUAUAGUGAUGAACAAUUAACUCAAGCUAAAAUUAAGACUUUAAAAUUAAGUAUGAAAGCAGAAUUUGAAGAAAUUUUCAAAUUAUGUUAUGAAAUCUUGGAUAAAACAACUAAAUCUUCAUUAAUUAUUUCAACUUUAAAUUGUUUAUUGAAGUAUAUUCAUUGGAUUCCUAGAAAUUAUAUUUUUGAAACAAAUUUAUUGAAAAUUUUAAGUACCAAAUUUUUAAAUCCCAUUAAUACCAGAUCAAUUACUUUAAAAGUAUUAAUUGAAAUUUCAUCAUUAAAUUGUAAUAAUUAUGAAAAAAUUUGUUUAGAAUCAUUUAAAGAUUCAAUGGAACAAAUUUAUCAUAUAGUUCCACCAGAAACCAAUUUAAAAAAAUCAUAUAAUCAAGCAAAUUCUAAUGAUCAAUCAUUUUUACAAGAUUUAUCAAUGUUUUUAUGUACCUUCUUAUCCAAUAAUUUAUUAUUAUUAGAACAAAUUGAAGAAUAUAAUGAAUUAUUAAUGAGUUCAUUAUAUUAUUUAAUUGAAUUAUCAAAAAUUGAAGAAAGAGAAUUAUUUAAAACUUGUUUAGAUUAUUGGUCACAAUUUGUUAGAGAAUUAUAUGAAGAAAUUCAAAAAAUUCCUCAACAAGAAUUAAGUCCAUUAUUACAAUUAAAUUAUUCAUCAAAUUUAAGAUCAGGUAUAAUAAAUGGAGGUGGAGCUCCAGAUCCUUCAAUAUUAUCUAAAUUUCCUUUAAGACAACAUAAAUAUAAUCGAAUCUUAUCAAAAUUAAGAUUAGUUAUAAUUGAAAAUAUGGUAAGACCUGAAGAAGUUUUAAUUGUUGAAAAUGAUGAAGGAGAAAUUGUUCGAGAAUUUGUUAAAGAAAGUGAUACUAUUCAAUUAUAUAAAAGUAUGAGAGAAGUUUUAGUAUUUUUAACUCAUUUAGAUGUUGUUGAUACUGAACAAAUUAUGAAUGAUAAAUUAUCUAAACAAAUUGAUGGUAGUGAAUGGUCAUGGCAAAAUAUUAAUACUUUAUGUUGGGCAAUUGGUUCAAUUUCCGGUACAAUGAAUGAAGAUAUGGAAAAACGAUUCUUAGUUAAUGUCAUUAAAGAUUUAUUAUCAUUAACUGAAAUGAAAAGAGGUAAAGAUAAUAAAGCUGUUGUUGCUUCAAAUAUUAUGUAUAUAGUUGGACAAUAUCCAAGAUUUUUAAAAGCUCAUUGGAAAUUUUUAAAAACUGUUGUUAAUAAAUUAUUUGAAUUUAUGCAUGAAACUCAUGAAGGAGUUCAAGAUAUGGCUUGUGAUACUUUUAUAAAAAUUACAUCAAAAUGUAAAAAACAUUUUGUUGCUAUUCAACCUCAAGAACUGGAACCUUUUAUUAAUGAAAUUAUAAGAAAUAUUCAACAAAUUACUGAAGAUUUACAACCUCAACAAGUUCAUACUUUUUAUGAAGCUUGUGGUAUAAUAGUAAGUGCUCAAAAUAUUAAAGAAUCAAGAGAUAAAUUAUUAAAUGAAUUAAUGGGUUUACCAAAUAUGGCAUGGUCUGCAAUUGUUAAACAAAGUUCAAAAGAUCCUCAAUUAUUAACAAAUACUGAAACGGUUAAAAUAAUUGCUAAUAUUAUUAAGACUAAUGUUUCAGUUUGUAAAGCUUUAGGUCCAGGAUUUUAUUCUCAAUUAGGUUUGAUGUAUGUUGAUAUGUUAGCUUUAUAUAAAGCUGUUAGUUCAAUGAUUUCCGAUUCAGUUGCCAAAGAUGGGGUUAUUGCUACUAAAACUCCAAAAGUAAGAGGUUUAAGAACUAUUAAAAAGGAAAUUUUAAAAAUGAUUGAAACUUAUAUAAAUAAAGCUGAUAAUUUACAAGAAAUUGUAAGAGAUUUAUCUCAACCAUUAUUUGCUGCAGUAUUAGAAGAUUAUCAAAAUAAUGUUCCUGAUGCUAGAGAUGCAGAAGUUUUAAAUUGUUUAUCAACUUUAGUAUCAAAAGUUGGUCAUAUGAUUCCUGAAGGUGUGGUUUUAAUCUUACAACAUGUGUUUGAAUGUACUUUAGAUAUGAUUAAGAAUGAUUUUAUUGAAUAUCCUGAACAUAGAGUGGAAUUUUAUAAAUUAUUAAAAGAAAUUAAUAGUCAUAGUUUCCAAGGUUUAUUAGAAUUAUCCGGAGAUGCAUUCCAAAGUUUAAUAAAUGCUGCUUUAUGGGCUUUUAAACAUAAUAACAGAGAAGUUGAAGAAAAUGGAUUAUCAUUAACUUGUGAAUUAUUAGAUAAUGUGGAAAAAUUAGGUGAUACUCCAUUUACAAAAGCCUUUUAUUCAAAUUUUUAUUUCCAAAUUUUAUCUGAUACUUUUUAUGUUAUAACUCAACCUGAUCAUAAAUCUGGUUUUACUUAUCAAUCACAAUUAUUAGCUCAAUUAAUUCAUUUAAUUGAAGAUAAUGUUAUAAAAUAUCCAUUAUAUACACCUGAUCAAGCAGCUGAAGGAACAUCAAAUUCCGAUUUCUUGAAACAAUAUUUAGGUCAUUUAUUAUCAUCAGCUUUUGAAAAUUUACAAAAGGAACAAUUAGUUAAUUUCCUUAAUGUUUUAACUAAAGUUUAUAAAGAAAGUGGUAAAUUUGGUGCUACUUUAAGAGAUUUCUUAGUUCAAAUUAAACAAUUUGGUGGUGAUCCAACUGAUUAUUUAUUCGCUGAAGAUAAAGAAUUAGAAAAACAACAACAAGCAAGAUUACAAAGAGAAAAAGAUAUGCAAAUCGGUGGUUUAAUUAAACCUAGUGAUAUGGAUGAUUAA